GCAUGCUGUGGUACCAAGAUUUGAAUACGCCCACAUGACCGAUCACGCUCGCGAUCCCAUCGCAAGAGAUCCAUCGCCGGUGCCCAAACGCCGAAGCACCUAUAAAACCGACAGAAAUUCCCACGGAAAGGCACACCAAGAACCAGACUCCCAAACCCCGACGACGACGACGACUACGACGGCCAUGUCUCCCAUGACAGUCCUCCUCGUCCUCGCCGUCGCCGCGACGGCCGCGCCGCUGGCGCACGCGGCCUGCGCUGACGGCAGCGACGGCGCCAUGCUGCACGGCGUGGCGAACGACGUGCUUCUGGAGUACGGCCUCCCCAAGGGCCUCCUCCCGGACUCCGUCGUCUCCUACACCUUCGACAACGCCACCGGUAACUUCCACAUCGAGCUCGCCAGCAGCUGCUACGUCUGGUUCGGCGACCACUACGUCUACUUCGACAAGAACCUCAGCGGCACCAUCUCCCACGGCGAGAUCUCCAACCUCUCCGGCAUCAUGGCCAAGAAGUUCUUCAUCUGGGUCUCCAUCACCAGCAUGGUGGCGCACCUGGAGAGGGGGAUGAUCGAGUUCCACGCCGGCAUCAUCACUGAGGACGUGCCGGCGUCGCUCUUCCAGAAGAUCCCCGUCUGCGGCAAAGGCCUCGGCGAGCCGCUCCGCGGCGCGGCCGGGGUGAUCCGGGAGCUUGGCCUGGUCCCCGUCGCCGAGGUGUGAGUGGCUUCGACGUCCAAAGUUCUUCAAACAUGAGUUCCUUCCAUGCUUUUGCUGAAGUUUAUUAUACUACUCCUACAUAUAUGAUAUAUGGUUGGCAAAAUAUUUGCACCAUUCUUGGUAGAAAAGGAGAGAAGAAACCAUGAGAGAUGAAGGUGGGUGCGAUGUAAUGCGGAUAAUUGCAUAUUUCAAGUUCAAUAAAACAAUCUUUUAUAUCUACGAAUA